AUGUCAAGCACCCCUGCAUCAGCCAGUUCCGGCGGCCAACAAGUUUCAACUUCCGGUGGAAAGGGAAGAAACAAGGAAAUAUAUAAAUAUGACGCUCCUUGGAAUAUUUAUGCUUUAAACUGGUCUUUGAGGCCCGACAAACGUUUUCGUUUGGCCAUUGGGAGUCUUAUUGAGGAAUACAACAAUAAGAUACAAGUUAUAACACUAGACGAAGCGCAGGGAAAGUUUGUAGCUCAGACACCUUUUGCCCACCAUUAUCCGGCCACCAAGAUUAUGUGGAUACCUGACAUGAAGGGUACUUGCCCCGACCUCCUGGCCACUAGCGGUGAUUAUUUGCGUAUAUGGAAGGUCGGAGAUAAUGAUGUCAAAAUGGAGUGCAUGCUUAACAAUAAUCAAAAUUCCGAUUUUUGUGCCCCUCUGACUUCAUUCGAUUGGAAUGAAGUUGAUCCUAACCUAAUUGGUGCGUCGAGUAUUGAUACAACAUGCACUAUUUGGGGCCUCGAGACGCAACAAGUUAUUGGUCGAGCAAACACUAAGAAUGUCAGUGGGCAUGUAAAGACGCAGCUUAUAGCGCACGACAAGGAAGACGGUUACCGGUGUUUACAGUGUCUCAAUGAUACACAAGAUAUUAAGAGCCUUUCUACUUCCCGUUUAGGUGCUGAUGGCUCUGUACGACUUUUUGAUCUCCGAAAUUUGGAAACAUCAACUAUAAUUUACGAAAAUAUGUCUCGAACACCCCUCCUAAGGUUGGCCUGGAAUCGGCAAGACCCCAACUAUAUCGCAACGUUUGCUAUGAAUUCUAUGGAAGUAAGUUAA